ACGCGCCUGCUUCCGCCUCCCUGUGGCGGCGGCUUGUUGUUGUGGAGCCAAAAUGGCGGCUCAGGCGGCUGCGGCGGCCCAGGCGGCGGCAGCCCAGGCAGCGCAGGCCGAAGCGGCCGAGUCGUGGUACCUGGCUCUUCUGGGCUUCGCCGAGCACUUCCGCACUUCCAGUCCGCCUAAGAUCCGCCUGUGUGUUCACUGCCUGCAGGCCGUGUUCCCCUUCAAGCCGCCGCAGCGCAUCGAGGCCCGGACGCACCUGCAGCUCGGCUCUGUGCUCUACCACCACACCAAGAACAGCGAGCAGGCGCGCAGCCACCUAGAGAAGGCGUGGUUGAUAUCACAGCAAAUCCCACAGUUUGAAGAUGUUAAAUUUGAAGCAGCAAGUCUUUUGUCUGAAUUAUACUGUCAAGAGAAUUCUGUUGAUGCAGCAAAGCCACUGCUGCGGAAAGCAAUCCAGAUCUCACAACAGACCCCGUACUGGCACUGCCGCCUGCUCUUCCAGCUUGCUCAACUACACACACUUGAGAAGGACCUGGUGUCAGCCUGUGACCUCCUAGGUGUGGGGGCCGAAUACGCCCGGGUGGUAGGAUCCGAGUAUACACGGGCACUAUUCCUGCUCAGCAAAGGGAUGCUGCUACUGAUGGAGCGCAAGUUGCAGGAAGUCCACCCGCUGCUGACCCUCUGUGGACAGAUAGUUGAGAACUGGCAAGGGAACCCCAUCCAGAAAGAGUCUCUGCGUGUCUUCUUCCUGGUGCUCCAGGUGACCCACUACCUGGAUGCUGGGCAGGUGAAAAGCGUGAAGCCCUGCCUAAAGCAGCUGCAGCAGUGCAUCCAGACCAUCUCCACACUGCAUGAUGACGAGAUCUUGCCCAGCAAUCCUGCUGACCUCUUCCACUGGUUGCCCAAGGAGCACAUGUGCGUGCUUGUCUACCUGGUGACUGUGAUGCACUCCAUGCAAGCCGGCUACCUAGAGAAGGCACAGAAAUACACAGACAAGGCCCUCAUGCAGCUGGAGAAGCUCAAGAUGCUCGACUGCAGCCCCAUUCUGUCCUCCUUCCAAGUGAUCCUGCUCGAGCACAUCAUCAUGUGCAGACUCGUCACAGGACACAAGGCCACUGCCCUGCAGGAGAUCUCCCAGGUCUGUCAGCUGUGCCAGCAGUCCCCCCGGCUCUUCUCCAACCAUGCAGCACAGCUGCAUACACUGCUGGGCCUGUAUUGUGUCUCUGUCAACUGCAUGGACAACGCAGAAGCCCAGUUCACCACAGCUUUGCGGCUCACCAAUCACCAGGAGCUGUGGGCCUUCAUCGUGACCAACCUGGCGAGUGUGUAUAUACGGGAAGGAAAUAGACACCAAGAGGUACUGUACAGUUUGUUGGAGAGGAUCAAUCCAGACCACAGCUUCCCUGUCAGCUCGCACUGCCUCCGAGCAGCAGCUUUCUACGUGCGUGGGCUCUUCUCCUUCUUCCAGGGACGCUAUAAUGAGGCCAAGCGAUUUCUACGGGAAACCCUGAAGAUGUCCAACGCAGAGGACCUGAACCGGCUCACAGCCUGCUCCCUUGUCCUCCUGGGCCACAUCUUCUAUGUGUUGGGAAACCAUAGGGAGAGUAACAACAUGGUGGUGCCCGCCAUGCAACUGGCCAGCAAGAUCCCAGACAUGUCAGUGCAGCUGUGGUCAUCAGCCUUGCUAAGAGACCUGAACAAGGCCUGCGGGAAUGCCAUGGAUGCCCAUGAAGCCGCCCAGAUGCACCAGAACUUCUCACAGCAGCUGCUCCAGGACCACAUUGAAGCCUGCAGCCUCCCCGAACACAACCUCAUCACGUGGACAGACGGCCCGCCUCCUUUGCAGUUCCAAGCUCAGAAUGGACCCAAUACCAGCCUGGCCAGCCUCUUGUGAGGCCCCUGGAAGGGGCCACUCAGCUUCUCGGGGCUCCAUGGGGCCUGGUGUGUUCCCGACUUGCACCGAGACGGCACUUGAGCUUUCCUUGGAGGUGUGCUGGUGUGGCCGUCCCCAGGCUUCUUUCCCAACUGUCUCCAGAGCUUCCAAGUCCCUGGGGAGUGUGGAGGGCUGAUUCUCAUCCUCCCAGGAAAGGCCGGCUGGCCAUUCUUGCCGAGUACCAGGAGCCUGUGUGCUGAGGCUUGCAUGUGGGAUGUUGGAGCCGACUUUCCAGAGCCAUCCUUCAAAAUGGACUUGAACUGCCAGUCCUACUUCCACGUCUGAGUCAUAUCUUCAAGAGAGUGUGUCUGAGUGGGGAGUGGGGUGCUGGCCACUGGCUAGGUCCUGAUCCUGCAUGCAGAGGUAGUCAGCACCAUUAGGGUAUCACCAUAUGACUUCCAUCUCCUGGGCUUCUGUGCUGGGCUGGAGUAUUUACACUGCUCACAGCAACUUCCAGUGCCCAGAGGCAAGAUGCCAAUUUUUGGCUCAAAAUUAGAGGGAAGAAGUGAUUGCACACAUCAGGGACAAAAACACAUGUCCCACCACAAUGCUUUUCCCAGCAUGCCUUUCUGUCCAGAGUCCCUCCUUCUGGCAGCUGGGGCCUCUGUUUAGGGGCCCUGGGGGACCCAGGAACUUAGCUUCCAAACAUUUGCACCUUGACUGGAUUCACUAUCCAGCCAUGGGUGUGCACGUGCUUGUAUACCCCAUACAUGUAUGCAUGUGUAUGCGUGUGUGGUGGCUGGAGCUGACGCUCCUGUAUUUGCACCAGCCACCUUCCCCCUCUCAGCGUCAAUAGAGCAGGAAGAGGGGGAGAAGGAGAGGGCUUUCCUCAGCCCAACUCAGGGUGCCAGACCGAAGGGACUUGCUUUCAGGCAACUCUGCUGCCUCCUAGGCAGCGAAUGUUCGUAGACACCUAAAGCUCCACCAGCCUGCAGGCUCCCUUGGCCCCCUGCCCUAUUCUCAGGGGGAAGGAGGAGGAGACCUAUCUGCAGUGGGUCUUAGGACAGCGUUGAAACCGCUUCCUGAGCUGAACCCCAGGAGGCUGUGCCGGGCCCAGACAGCCGUUCAUGGUUCUGUGUUCCUCUUGGGUAGUUGAGGAAGUGCCCCAGGUGAUGGUGGCAUUGGGACAGUGAAGGCAGCUGCUCCCUUUAGCUUCCUGCACCUGGGAGCGUCUCCCUGAUGAGGAGUGCUGAGUGGUUUUGCUAGUUAGGGCUGCUUAUUGGUUUAAGUCUUGUUACCCAACACUGUGAAGGCUGCUUCUCUAAGCCUCACUGUCUGUGACGAAAGGAAUGUUGGGAUCGCUCAGGUCAGUUGCUUGGGCCCUGAGGCCUGGGUGUGCCUUAGCCACAAGCAGGGCUCUCAGAGACCUCCCUGCUCUGGGCCCUCCCCUCAUAGGCCUGCAUCAGGGCCCUGCUUCCCACUUGGGGGCCAGCAACAGGCAUGGAAGUGAACCAUCAGUUGAAGGGAUGGGCUGGCCGAGUCUUUGUCCUAAGAGGACCCACCCUCUCUGUGUUAUCCUGGGUUACCUGAAAGAGUCUGGCCCUGUGGCAUGCUCCCCAGGGCUGCCCCCUCGAUGACACCUCUGGCUGGGCCUGUGAGGCCUGCAAAGGAGGGUGUAACACCUGGCUACAAGCCGUCCCCAUUCUGUCUUCCUCCCCGCUUGAAGGUGCCUCCCAGGUCCUCCCCUCUACCCCAGGGCGGCUUCCCUGUCUGGCUACCAGCGCACCUGCAGGCCUGGACUCCACACUGUCUGACCUCUCCAGACCCACAUUUCUUCAAUCACGCUUUACAUCCUGUUUGAGUAUUUAUUUAAGCCUUUCUUUGCUUCUAGGUCUUUUUGUACGUAAAGCAGUUGAAAUAAGAACCUCAAAACUGAUGUUAAAGUGCUUUUAGAGACCACUCUGUUUUCUAUGUAUAUGUAAAGUUAAGGAUAAGUUCUUAAGUUUACAGUUAAAAAUUCAGUACUUGGUAUUUAAUAUUCCACUCUAGCUUUAUGGAAGCCAACCCAUGUGUACAUGCAUGUGUGUGUGUGUGUGUGUGUGUGCGCGCGCAUGCACGCGCGCAAGUGAGCUUUGAACCUCCCCUUGGCUGCAGCACCUUUCAGUUACAUAAAGCUGUCAUACAUACCUUCCUGUGAGUCCAAAUUCAGUGCCUCACAGUUGCUGACUCAAUCAUAAGAAUUUAAGACAGGCAGCAAGCAAGCCCCCAGGGAGACAUUACACCUAGUGUCAAAUAGCAAGUGUUUAGAAGAAACAUAAAUUAAAACUCCAAACCCUUAGCAUACAUGGAUGCAAAGGAGUAGCAGAAAGAUUCCUGCUCACCGGUAAAGUGUUGAAAGCUGUUAGACUGCUCCUCUGCACCUCUCACUUCCUCCCUCAGGACCUACAAGCCUGGGGGCGCUGGUCAGGAGGUGCUGGGGUCUUUGCUGGCCAUAGCUGCUUCCCCUGUUGGAUCCCCACAGUUGCCCGCAGGUGAGGCAAGGUCCUCUCCCUGGGGUAAGCACUCCCCGUCCCACUUACUGGGAACACAGACAGGGAAACCAGAAAGGGCUGCCUGGCACAGUGGGUAAAUAUAUUGGUUGUAUUGUUUUCUUUUCCUUUAAGGGUUUUUAGUAAGUAUGUUUGGCAUACUGUCUUUUAAUGAGUUUGUAAUAUCUUCUGUUUUUAGCAGCCUAUAUCUUCAGCUGGUGCUUUUAAUCAGGAAAAAAAAUUGUAAAUACAAAACAUUGUUUAAAAGAUAUAACCAUAGAACAUAGUUUCUUGUUUGUAGAUUUCCUUUCCUAUAUAUUCAAAGUAAAAUAACUUGCAGGAGCCAUCACUCACUGUGUCUUUGUUGUGGCCUUUGCCCUUCAUGUGUGCCAACCCAGAGACUCUAACCUUCCACUCCCAGCCAGUGCCGCCUCCAGGACUUCUGCUGUAACAACAAAGUGUGAAGAUGCAGAGCCCCAUACGCUGGACUGGAGGACCUGGCAGAAACCUGAAUCUUCUUCCCCUCUAAUGAUGGUGUUUCUCAGUCCGGCCCUGCUUCAAGGACAUGGAGCCCCCGAGACAUGGCAUGCAAGGCCCAUGGCACUGCCCAUUCCUAGCCCUUGCCACAGACAGCCUUCUGGGAUUUGUUUUGUUUUUCAGGCUUUUUUUUCCUCCCAUUUUGAGGUGAAAGUCACAUGAAAUUAACAUUUAACAUUGACAAUUCAGUGGCAUUAAAUAUACUUACUGUGUACAGCCAGCACCUCUGUCUAGUUUCAGAGCAUUUUCAUCACCCCAAAAGGAUACCUCCUUCUCCACUAACAGUCACUCCCUGUUCCGUCUCCCCCCCAGCCCCAGGCAACCCCUAAUUUACUUUCUGUCCCUAGGGAUUUGACUGUUCUGGGCAUUUCAUAUAAAUGGAAUCAUAUAACAUGUCCUUUUGUGUCUGACUUAUUUCACUCAGCCUGUGUCUUCGAGGUUUUUCCAUGUUGUAACAUGUACCAGUGCCUCAUUCCUUUUUAUGAGUGAAUAAUGUUCCAUUGGAUAAUGUGAUAGAUUACAUUUCAUUCAGUCAUCCAUUGAUGGGCUUUGGGUUGCUUCACCCUUGUGGCUAUUGUGAAUAAUGCUGCUGUGGAAUAGUGCUGCUUGUUUGUUUGAA